AUGCUCUCGCAGUCGCAAGUGCAGCCCCCGGCGCAUGCAUCGCCUUCGUAUCAAUCGCAUUCGCACCACCAGCCUCACAACCAACAACAAGUUCAACAACCACCACCACCUCCACCUCCGCUCCAACACCACCAACACCCCGGUCAAUACCACUACCAGCAAGCUCCACCACCGCCACCACCACCAACACCAAGUGCACAGUCAACACCAACCUCAAUACCACGGUCUGAUGGGCCUGGAGGUCCAGCUUCCAUUCACGAUCCAUCCAUACGUAAACGGCCCCUCUAUCCAGCCGAGAAGCCGUCCGCACCACGCGCGAUUCAGCCUCGCCCACCAGCCAGCACGGCCUCCUACAGCAGCGAAAGCUCCGCCCAACUCUCCCCACGGUUCGAGACCGCAUUGGCCAGUGAGCCGCCUCGCAAACGUGGUCGACCCAGCAAGGCUGAGACGGAACGACGCAAAGCCGCCGCCGAAGCCCGCGGGGAAACCUAUCCUCCACCUCGGCGCGCUGGUUCCACCCGUGUCAAAAAUCCACAAUCUCCCCCUAGUCCUCCGCCUGCUUCGCUCGCAAUGUACUCGUCGGGUCCUGCAGCGGCGCCGUCUCGGCGCGGCCCAAACCACGGACCCCAUGCUUAUGAAGCAGCUGUAGGUCGACCUCUGGCACCAGCUCCGAUGUUCUCUGCAGGAGAGCGCGGAGAAAUGCCAGAUCGACACUCUAGGGGGGGGAAUAUGCGCGAACUGCCUCGUCUCGAUGAGAUGAGCAAACCGUUACCUUCGCCCCGUACUCUGCACUUGGGACCAAUUGAUCAGUUUGGGCGCUUCACCGGAACCACCCCCGGCGAGAGAAGCUCGUUCGGCUCUAUACCACCAGAUCGGUUUUCGCCGGCGGACAGUGGGCGAAGAGACUCGGCGACAAGUCGGGGCGAGACGAGCAUGGGACCGUAUACGGAUGUUCGGGCGAGCAUGACCCCUAGCGAUAAGCCAACGCGAUGA